AUGUCAUUAAGGAAAUUUAUGCAUCCACGAAAUAGAUAUAAAAAAGUACCUGAUUUUAAACAACUUGCCUUAUUAUAUCCAGAGUUCCGUAAUGUUGCAAUUACUGAUUUAACAGGUAAAAUCAAGAUUGAUUUUAAAAAUGAAGAAAGUUUAAGAGUACUUACAGAAGUAUUGUUAAAACAUGACUUUAAUCUAAAAGUGGAAUUACCUCCAAAUAAAUUAGUUCCAACUUUACCAUUACGCUUAAAUUAUAUUUUAUGGAUAGAAGAUUUGAUAAAACAUGCUGGUUUCAAUGAAAUGGAAGAAGUAGUUGGCAUAGAUAUUGGUACUGGGGCAGUUUGCAUUUAUGCUUUAUUGUUUGCAAAAAUGUAUGGAAAUCAAAUGAUUGGCACAGAAGUUGAUGAAACAAGUGUUCAUUCAGCUGUUCAACAUAUUGAAAAUAAUAAUUUGCAAAACUUAAUAAAAGUGUUCAAAGUGGAUGCAGGAACAAUUUUGAAAGACAUUAUAAAAGAAGAUAAAGACUAUUAUUUUACAAUGUGCAAUCCACCAUUUUUUGAAAUAGAAGGACCAUCAGAAAAAGUAAUAAAACGAUUACCACCAAGAAAUGCUCCAACUGGAAAUGAAGCAGAACUUACAGUUCAAGGUGGUGAAAGGGCAUUUAUAACACAAAUGAUUGAAGAAAGUAUGGAAAUUAAAGAAAAAGUAAAAAUAUACACCACAAUGUUUGGCAGAAGAAGUAAUUUAUUGUUUUUAUUAAAAUUGUUAAAAAAAAAGAAUAUAGAAAAUGCAACAUGGACAGAAUUCUGUCAAGGUCACACUAAACGGUGGGGAUUAGCUUGGACAUUUUUACCAAAAGAAGUCAUCAAUUUAACAAAUGCGCCUGUUAUUAGAAAAAGUGGAGACUACAUUGCAAAAUUAUUAAAAGAACAACGUCCAACAGAAAUACAAUUUCCAAUGAAACAUGGAUUCUUCUUAUUUGAUAAUUUAGUAAAUUUUUUGGAAGAAGCAAUGGAUGAAUUAAAUGUACAAAUCAAGGAACUAAAUUUACCGAUUGACGAUUUCAAUGGUUGGUCGUGUCAGCUAAUUGCAGAAAGUGAUACGUGGUCACAUGCACGUAGAAAACGUCGAUUAGCUCAAAGACUAAGGAAACAGUCCAACGAUCACGACACGGAAAGUGCUGUUGCAGCAAAUGAUGCUGCAGAAUGUUCUGUACAAAAAUCAGUGGAAGAUAAUUCAGGAAAUAUAGACGAACAGCACGCAGAUCAAACAUCAACAGAAAAAUCUGUUGCGAAAGAACCUUUAUUAAUAUGUAACUUUUUUGUUGAAGUAAUAGAACAUGAAGAAUCUGAAAAUGAUGACAUAAAAAUAUCUAUGGUCUUUGAAAAAGGCAGUGGUGGCAAAAAUGCUUUAGAAACAUUUCGACAGUAUUUAAUAAACAGAUUAGACAUUAGAGAGUAUUUUCAAAAGCAACAUGCAAACAAAAAGAAAAGAAAACGAUUAAAAAAAAGCGAUAGUGACAUGAAUUUGGACCAAGCUGAAGACUUGAUCAAGAACAACAUGGAGUCUGUUUAAAAUGUUAAUUCAUAUUCCAUACAAAAUGAUUUAUUUUAUGCGCAAACUUUACGAAAUUAUAUAACAGAUUCAAAUCCUUGUGUAAGACGGCGAUAAAACAACG